UCACGCAGCCGGGGCGUCAGGGGGCGGUGGUGGCCAUUUUGGAGAAGAGCGCAGGGCCGAACGGCGCGCAGGGAGCGCGGAGGCAGCGCGGAGCCGCAAGGCCGCCACUCCCCGCUAUGGCCGCCCAGUUGGGUACCGGCGCCCGCGCGGAGGACUCCGGGCAGGAGAAACAGGACUCGCAGGAAAAAGAAACCGUCAUCCCGGAGCGGGCCGAGGAGGCGAAGCUGAAGGCCAAAUACCCCAACCUGGGCCAGAAGCCCGGCGGCUCCGACUUCCUCAUGAAGAGGCUGCAGAAAGGGCAAAAAUACUUUGAUUCUGGUGACUACAACAUGGCCAAGGCAAAGAUGAAGAACAAACAGCUGCCGACUGCGGGGCCGGACAAGAAUCUGGUGACAGGAGACCACAUCCCCAAACCUCAGGACCUCCCGCAGAGAAAAUCCUCACUCGUCGCCAGCAAACUGGCAGGGUAGCCCACACUCACGGGCUGGUUUUUUUCCUGUUUUCUUUUUUCUUUUGGUUAAUUGGAUUGAACUUCACCGUACCAUAGAGCUGGGAGCACCAGAAUCCACAUAGUUACACGAGUAUUUAUAGCAAACACACACCACAAUCAAGAAGAACAUGAGAUGGUGGUAGCCCAGGCCACGCAGGCAGACCUUUGGUGGAGUUGGUUGCAUAUUUGCUUUUUGUGAGCAGGUUUGCUGCCUUAACUCUCACACUGCUCAGAACCAUCCCUGCUCCCAGUCACUGCAGUGCUGCAUCCCUCCCUGCAGUGCAGUGGCCCUGAGGGACGUGAGGAUCACUGAGAGGAGUUGUGUGGUGCCAUCGUGUUGUGUUCUUCAGGUGUCUGUAGGGGAAGACACAGAGGGGGAAGUGGCAAAGCUGAUUCGUGGCCUGCAGUCUAGUUAGGUGUGUGUGUGUGUGUGUGUGUGAGUUCUUAAUUAAGUGGUUGAGUUGGGAGUGUGGCUGCAAUGGAGGCAGCAGCUUUGGAGGCUCUGCAGGCAGUUUCUCUCCUCCUGCUCUGUCCUCUCUGCCAAGGAUGCCUGCAGCUGUGAAUGGAGCGUGGUGGGAGCUGCAGAGCGUGGCUGGAGCUCAUCCCUGCGCCCCACAUGGCCCUGCUCAGAGCCUGGAGUCGUGCACAGGGCUGGUGGUGUUGGGAAAGGUGUGAGCUGUGAGAGCAACAGGACAGAGUGGCACCCCAGGGAGGAGAAAGAGAAGAUUAUAGAGGCAAAAGUGUGUUGGCAAUGUUAUGCACCCCUGGCUUGGGAUUCUUUUUUUUUUUUCUUCUUUUCUCUCUUGCCUUUUUGUUUCAGGCUUGAAAAAAAGCAAACAAUGAAGUCAGUGUGGUGGCUGCAGCAGAGUGGGGCGCACUCAGUGCCCACUUGGUGCUGCUGAAGCAGCUCCAGGUGUGGGGCAUUUGGUGGGGCUGAGGUUUGUGCUAGGGCAGCACCGAGUCCAAGAUUUAAGCCCAGUUGUAGAGGUCGAGCAGGCCGUGUGGGUUUUGGGGAGCUGAAUUGGAUCAGGAGAAAACAAAGGAGGGAGGCAGCGGGUGAUGCGCUGCACAGCUUUCCUCACAUGUGAUCCUGGCUGGGUCGCUCACAGAGCUGCACUUUAUUGUGCUCCUAUGCUGCUGCUCUGAGCAGGGAGCGAGGCUGUGCUCAAACACUCACAUCUGCUGUCAAGUGGUUCAUCAGUGACCCUGGGCGAGGAGCUGUGGCCCUACAGCCAUGGACUUUGCUCUGAGUGUGGCAGGGAUAGGCAGUGUGCCUCAUGCUCAGCUCCUCGCCCAGCCCCGCGCUGCCUGCUAGGAUGCUCUGCUGUUGGUCCCAGCUGCAUUGUAAAUAGAUACGAAUCAUAUAUACAAAUAUAUAUAUAAUUUUUUA